CCUCCCCCUCCCCCUCUCCUCCCCUCCCCCCGGUCAACUUGCUGCGCAUGCGCGGCCACUCUGAGGCAAGAUGGCGGAGGGCGCGACGUCUCUGAAGGAGUUGCGGGCCCAGUACGUUGCUGCAGCCCAAGCACAAGCAGAUGAAAGAAGAAGCCAAAGUGUAAAUAGUCCAAUUCCUGCUGAUCCAUCACCAGUCAUUGUGAAAACACCAACUAAACCAGUAAUAGAUGGCUCCAUGUUGAAGACUGUUGAGAGACAGAGACUAGCCAAGGCACGAAGGGAAGAGAAGGAGAAGGAGAUGGCUGCAAAAGAAUAUCAGUUGCUAGAAAAAGAAAAGAAAGCAAGACUUCAGUACGAAAAGCAAGUGGAAGAGCGACAGAGGAAGUUGGAGGAACAACGGCAGAAGGAGCAACAGAAGCGAGUGGCAGUGGAGGAAAAGAGAAAACAGAAGCAAGAAGAAGAAAAGGAACGGUACGAGGCUGUGAUGCGACGCACUAUAGAACGGAGCCAGCGUUUAGAGCAGAGACAGAAAAGGUGGUCCUGGGGAGGAGCUGUGUCAACAGAGAAGGAAAACCCCAAUGGUGAACUUGACAGUUCCUUAACUCCACCUCUCAGUUUGUCAGAGUGCCCCCCUCCUUCCUCAGACUCAAAGGCUUCCACUGAAGAUGCUUAUGCUGCAGACAAACACUCUACUUCCAGCGUAAAUCCAAUGAAGCAAGGAGGGUCAGUAAUGACGAAGCGCUUAUCUUCAUCCUCCACAGCUCUGCUCAACUCUCCGGACAAAGGCACAGCGGAUAAGAAGAGGAGCUCCUCGCUAAAUAGAUUGGCCAGUAACCCUCGCUCAUCUACUCAUGUAGACAAACUCUCAAGAGAAGAUCUUCAAGCUCGACGUUCGCAGAACAGUCCUGUAGAGAGUAGUAUAAUCAGCCGCUUGCUAAUGCCCACACAGUCAUCGUUAGCUAGGAGCAAGAGUGCUGCUGCUUUACCAGAAGCUGGACAAAGUUCUGCAGAGUCUCAUCUCUGUACUCGUUCAGCUUCAGCUGGCCCCAUGAAAUCGCCCAUCAACCCAGCCAACAAGCCUCUGCGUAGCCGUAGCUCUGAUCGACAGAACUCAGUGGAUGCCAGCGCUGGAGGGGUGACACCAGUUGAGGCCAUGCAGAAGCAAAUCAAAGGAAAGCGCCCUUCAUCUCCUGUGGCAGCAAGCCGUAGACGGUCUCCAUCCCCAAAUAUAGCAAAGAGACCCCCAUCGCCAUCAAACCCAGGCACCAAGAGACCCCCAUCACCAAGUACAGGCACAAGGCGACCCCCAUCACCGUCAAAUUCAGGAGCUCGGAGACCCUCUUCACCAAAUACAAGCACAAGGAGACCUCCAUCACCGAGUACAGCCACAAGGCGACCCCCAUCACCAUCAAAUCCAGCAGCUCGGAGACCCUCUUCACCAUCAAACUCAGUAAUGAAGAGAUCAACUUCACCAUCAAUGGUCAAAUCAAGUCCAAAGAACUAUCCUCCUCCUCCCAGCACAUUCAGACAGCAUCCUCCGUCCCCCACAUCUGUCCAUCGACCUCUACCUGUUCACCGACCUCCGUCUACAUCCGCAACCAAAAAGAAACCGGAGAAGGAAGCGAAACCAAAGCAAAAAUUGGAAGUUAGCGUUGCAGAAAAAGACUCUUCAACAUCAUCGAGCAAGUCCAAAGAUUCUGAGCAGAAGCCAGCAGGGACCACAUCUGCUGAAGAGGCUGUCAAAAUCCUGGCUGAGAACAGGCGCCUGGCUCGUGAGCAAAAGGAGCGUGAAGAACAGGAGAGGCUACAGUUAGCGGAAGCUGAGAGGCUCAGGAAAGAAGAGCUAAAGAAGAAGGCAGCUGAAGAGAAGCUUUGCAAAGAAGAGGCAGCUCGACUGCAGAGAGAAGAAAGAAAGCUUGCAGAAGAGGAGAAUCAGAGAAAAGCUGAAGAGGAAAGACUCUGCAGGGAACGUGAGGAACAGGAACGUCUUGCAGAUCUGAGGCUCCAGAGAGAAGAGGCUGAAGCGAGAGAGGCAGAGCGGCAGAGACAGGAGCGGGAGCGAAUCAUGCAACAGAACGAGCAAGAGCGGCUUGCCCGGAGGAAGAGAAUUAAAGAGAUCAUGAGGAGAACCAGGAAGGAUGAUCAGGAACAAUCAAAGACUGAAAGAUUGCAUGAUGAGGCAGCUGAAGAGAGCGGUGAGGAUGAGCCAAGAAAUGGGGAUACAGAUGAAGUAGAUAGCACCAAUGGAAUGGAUGAACUUCAAGACCCAUCUCAUGAUUGUGUGGAGUUGACUGAAGCUGUAGGAGAGGAACCAAUAGGAUUAAACGGUGUCAGCAUAAUCGAUAAUAUUGCAGUGCAUCUGAAUGAACAGUCAGUGAUGGGUGUAAGCACUGUACCAAAGGACAACUGUGUUAUAUCAGAACUUAUAAAUGUCAGUGAAGUAGAUGGAAGUGUUGUACAUCAGAAUGGAAAGUCCAGCUCAUGGAUCAUUGAUGAGUUUAUCGAGCUUGGUGUUUGUUCAAAGACAAGCAAGUUAACCAUGGCUGCCUGCGACGCCCAGGUUUGUAACCAAAGCAUUCCGGAGAUUGGAUGUGAAGAGAAUGGAGGAGUGACGUCUCUGGCCAAACCCAUCGAGGGAGCAGCAGAACUCUGAACGUCUUGAUUGGAAUUGCACUUACACAUUCAGUAUUUUACCGAGUGCUGAACACCUUGUUACAUGAAGCUGCUUAUAGAGGACUUCUCAGUGUGCGCAGAAGAAUUAAUGAAUCCAUCACCACGGUGAAUGCUGGUUUACACCGUUCCAUAUUUCAGGAGCUUGCUCCUUGACUUCUGUUGGUAGAUUUUUCUAACCUGUUUUUGGGUUAAUCUGUCAAAUUCCUUUCCUAACUCCCUCUCUUGUCAAACGAGUUAUUUGGAUCUACCUUGAUUUUCAUAUUGGAUUAGCUCUGGUUUGUCACCCUCGUCACACAGGAAUGAGUUUUUGCAGGGUGAAUAGUGCUUAUCGUUCUGUGAGCAGUUAAUUCUGUUCAUUAAAGUUAUUAAUAAUAACGUGACAGUAAUGAACCAGCUAUGGUUCACAUAAAGCGAUGGGGCUGAAAAAGUGUUGCAGUUCUGUUGUGAAUCUGUUUCAUGUGCAAAGUCAGACUUGUGAUGCAUUUUAACUUUUAAUGGUUAAAGUGUGAUGGCUUGUCUCACCUCAGUGAUUAUUCAACUGGAAAUGUAGGUAAUUAUGAUAGGAUGUAGCAGCUAGAUAACACUCACUCCCCACACUGAGAUGUUUAAAUAGAUUCGGCUGUGGGAGAGCUAUAUUGGGAGUGGGACAAUGUAACAGUGAGUUGGGAGACGUGUUUCGAAGGAAUAUUGUGAGAAGUGGUGGAGCGCAGUAAUAUGAAAGUAUUAGUUGAAGGUCAUUACAUUUCCGCUGUUUAAUGUUGUACUGAAAUAGAAAUUGUGAAUUAACCGAUUAUUUAAUUGGCUCCUUUUUUCAGUUUCAUCCUUCUAGAAUAUUCUAUUUUUAAUAAGCCUGCACUAACAUACGUUAAUGAAAUAGCUUCUGUUAUAAACUCUGUUUAUUUGUUGUUAGGAACUUAGCAUUUACAUAUAUUUCACUUAUUUUAAGGUAAGACGUUUUAUUUGGCAUAAUGUAUUUAAGUAUUUCUGUAUACAUCUUAAGUAUUAAUUUGUUUUACAUUCAAAACAGUAUUUGGCCAGAAGACUAUUUCCUGAUGGUCUUUCUGUUCUGAGAUUUCUCUUCCAAGCAUCAUAUUGUAUUAAUGAGAUAUAAAUAAGAAACGUUAAGGCAACAUGUCAGGAUCAGUUAUCUUUGAAGAGCCUCUUCACUGCAGCCCAGCAGGUCACAAUCCACCUUUGAUAGAUGUGGCUGUAAACCCUAGGCUGCUUUCACCCUCAGCUUCCCAACGUAUUUAGCUGCUGCCGUCCAUAGGAAGGUGCAUCUUUUCACAGCAGUUGUUCCAUCUAUGAGCUUUAUUCAAUAUUUUCCUGUUCUCAGUUGUUUUUUUUUUAAUCCGAUAAGGAGCCUUAGGCUGCAGUGACUGAUAUUCUCAGCUAUAUCGACUGCAAAAGGAAUACCCUCACUUGGCUAUUCAGCUGUUUUUUUUGCUGGUGCAGUUUAUAGAAAUGAGAAUCUUCUGGUCUGUAACAUGUACUUACGGCAGUCACGAUCACCUCUCACUGACAGUUCACAGACCAGAACAGUGCCUUAGGUCAAUUUUUUGUGUAUUUUUGUAAGAUAAUUAACUUGAACUCUUUACAAGGAAAUGACAAUCUCUCGCUGAACUACCCUCUGCGCUGUGCUUUUGCUCAGUGCCCUCUUCACAACUGUAUGUAAAUAGCAAUGUGAAUCAUUUAAAUAAAUUUUACAGGUUUAAAUUAAGUGCUUUAUUUUGAUUCUA